AUACGCUGCGCGGACUUCCGGUGAAUCCUCAGGGCCACGCCUGGUACGUUUGUUGCCCAACCCAUCGGUUAUGCUAACUAUAAGCUGUUGUCACUGGUGCUGCUGGUUGGCUAACUUGUAUUUGACGUUGUUGGUGUUCGUCGUCUUUGGCCUGCAGGUGGCACAUUUUCAUGGGCAUCUCGUCCUACCACGGCCCGAUCUUCAUGCAGUACGUGCGCAUGGAGCAGCUCAAGCGGAAGGUGCGCAUCCACGACACUUGCCUCGGCAUCCAGACCAUCGUCGUGGAGGAGAACGGCGCGCCCUCGAGCCCCAAGAAGCCCAAGCAGUUGUAAGAGCCCCAAGGUUUGCGUGCGACACACAUCGAGUUCGUUGCCCCCGUUACGACGUCGCCACCAUAUUAGCGUUAAUUAAUAUCAACCUACAUAGCGAGUUAGUGAGCCCUUCAUUUGCAUUGCCAUGCAGGAGCUUGCAGGCGUUUUGCCCCAUUGGUCGGACAUGCCGCCGCGUGUGUCGUCGGCAAGAAAACGACGGCCACAUGUUUAUCCCAGCAGCCGUUUUGUGCAACUUAUUCGAUCUCACACUGAAAUGAGUACUUAUCUGAGACCAUACUUAGUCGUAGUCAACUUCCAUCUGAGAUGGCGGGUCGGAUACUUUCACGGAGCACGCUAAGGUUGAAGGUGACCGUAACGACUCCCCGAUAUGCCAUUUGCACUCUCGCCGCGUUCUUGAGAAGUCGCAUCCGCUCGCUCUAAUGGCGACCAGCAGCAUGCGUUCGCCCGCCCCCGUGGGCUUCUGGGGCCCGCCCACCUCCACCAUCGACUGGUGCGAGCUCAACUACGAGCACAGCUUCUACAUCGCCGAGUUCUGGAACACCAUCAGCAACUCGCUCUUCGUUCUACUGGGGCUCUACGGGCUCUAUCGCAGCAUCAAGCUGGGCUUCGAGCCUCGGUUCCACCUGCAGUUCAUCGGCGUCAUGGUCACGGGCUUCGGCUCCGCCAUGUUCCACGGCACGCUGCAGCACGUGUACCAGCAGUGCGACGAGACGCCCAUGGUCUGGUCCAUCCUGGCGUGGAUCUACAUCGUGUACAACAACGAGAUCGAGGAGCUCCCCAUAAAGAACGCCAGCACGUACGUCAUCGCCUCCCUGACCACGAUCGGAGCCAUUUUCACGGUGGUGCACGCCAUCUACCGCUUCACGACGGUCUUCCAAGUGUUCUUCGGCAUCUUGGCGGUGCUCGGGGCGGGGCGGCUCUGUGUGCACUACGCAGAGGUGAAGGACCCGAGAGCGCGCGCCGUGGCCAGGUCCUACGUGACGUCGAGUCUCAUUGGCUUUGCCUUCUGGCUUAUGGACUACCACUACUGCCACAUUGUGCGCGAACUGCCAGUGAACCCGCAGGGCCACGCCUGGUAAGAAGGUUCUGCUGAGGUUGUUGAAGGUGGUUUUGUGCUGAUGGUUGUGUUGCCUUCUUUUGGCUGCAGGUGGCACA